AUGAUCCUCCGAAAUGCUCUAGCAGGACCCCUCCGAAUCUCCUCCAUCCGCUCCCUCAUGACCGAAAGCCUAUCCGACCCAACCACCUCCUCCGACUUGAAACCCAGCAUCGUAGACCUCAACCAAGUCACAUCAUCUUCCUCCUCCUCCUCACCCCCUAGCGAACUCCACCUGGCCCAAUCCCUCUCCUCUACCGGCGAAGCAAAUCGCCGCGCUCAACCGCGGAGGGUCCGGGAGUCCACGAGUGUCCGCCGCAAAUACAAGCUCCAACGCUUCAUCAAAAAGAACAUAGGGCACCUAGGCUCAGUCUUAGAGCCGCAUUACACCCCUGGCCAGGUCAUCGUCGACCCGCCGAAGCCAGAGGAUGUGACGCUGGAGCUGCUCAUGGCCAGCCAGUCUCACUUGGGCCACAGCACCAGCUUGUGGAACCCGAUGAACCAGCGUUACAUCUUUGGUGUGAGGCAGGGUGUGCAUAUCAUUUCUCUUGAGACGACGGCUGCGCAUCUGAGGCGCGCGGCGAAGGUGGUAGAAGGCGUUGCGUAUCACGGCGGACUUAUCCUGUUUGUGGGCACGCGACCGGGACAAGGCCCAGCGGUGGUGAAGGCGGCAGAGGUCGCCAAAGGCUGUCAUCUCUUCGAGAAAUGGAUUCCGGGGUCGAUCACCAAUGGGGAUCAGAUAUUGGCCAAGUGCGAGGUCAAGGCCGUGGGCAUCAACGACGAGUACAUCGAGGGCUUUGAGGACAAGGUUGCGGACUGGAAGGCGCUGAAGCCGGAUUUGGUCGUGUGUAUGAAUCCGCUAGAGAAUUACAUCCUGCUGCAUGAGUGUGGGCUGAAUAAUAUCCCGACGAUUGGGGUGAUUGAUACGGAUGCGGAUCCGACGUGGGUCACGUAUCCCAUCCCGGCGAACGACGACAGUCUACGCUGCAUCCAAGUCAUUGCCGGCGUCCUCGGCCGUGCUGGUGAAGAGGGUCAGCGGAAACGUCUUGCGGCUGCCCAGACUGGCGAGUCAACCUGGCUACCGCCUCAGGGACUGGGCAAGCCGUACGACGAGGAAGAAGAGAAGAAGAAGAAGCAAGAAGCGGAGAUGUUGGCCAAAGCCAAGAGCCGUGCGGAGGAGAGGGCGAAGAUGUCUCUGGAGGGAGGAGAUAUUGACCCGGUGGAGCAUGAGCUGUAG